AUGUUCGACGGCUGCAUGGUACUCUCGUACUCUCCGCAACAUGUGCGUAGGCGCAAACGCCGCGCCACAGCUGGCGGCGGAGAAAGCCCCGAACACGCUGUUGCUGCGCAGGUCGCCGUGGGCCGCCUGGCCGUCGUGUGGUGCGCGGGUCGGUCGGUGGGUGUCGUCGACGACGGUGCCGGUCGCAGGUCAAGUGACGUCCAUACAUAG